UCUGUACAUUUGCUUCAUUUGGCUGCCACUGCUAGCUUCGCAUCGCGUCCAUCUCAUUUGCAUGGUUGUGGGACUUUCAAACGGCCUGGAGAGAACUAUACCGUGACCCUUUCCCAGGGUUCCAAUUCCGACCGUCACUUCAGUGUGAUUGGAGACUGUCCGCGAAUAGCACCUCGAAGGGCCGGACGGGGGCAUCUGAUACAUUACAUACCUCUCUCCUACCUACCCUUCAUCUGCGCUCCAUUAAUUCCCUUACCGCUCUCUCUCACUUUCGACAUCUCACAGCCCGAGUCAAUCCUCAGUGUCCCUGGCUGCGUAUUCCCGUGUUGUUGCGCGACUUGCCCAAGUACACCCCCUCGCCGCCAAUUAUUUACUGGCAAAGCCUCAAAAAGCGGAACGUCGAUCAGCUGAAAGUGCCAGGUCCCAAGGACGUGGACACGGCACCUUUGCCUUUUCCACCUUAAUUACUUCCCCAACACCAACUCAGCGAGUGCGCCGGACCUACCCCGUUCUGCCGCAACCCAGCUCUUCGUCUUCUAUGAUAACCCCUCCGAGCGCCGGAUCUCAGUUGCGCUGUCACCGGAAGCGCUUGUGCACAGUGUUACUAAUAGGCGAUUGAGAGAUACACAGUCCGGAGAAUUCACAUUGAACGCUCGCCUGGCCAUACCAUUGGAGCCCGCAGCCUGGGCAAAGGACCCCAACGACUUAUACUCUACCAAUUCCCACUUUUGGUUGCAAAGCAACGUGUUGCACUAUGUCGUCCUCUUCUUCAGCUACCCCUCCUGACACCAUCAUGUUGUCGGAUCCCACUGCCGAUAUUGGAGACGCCGUCAAUCGCAUUGACGUACCAGCUGGAGGCAACUCAAGCGUCCCAAAGACGAAACGGCUGGCUUGUAUGAUAUGCAGGAAAAGGAAGCUGAAGUGUGAUGGCAUCAAACCUAGCUGCAGCACCUGCUCCCGUCUCGGGCACGCCUGUCAGUAUGAUGAAGUCAGGAGAAAGAGCGGGCCCAAGAGAGGCUAUGUGAAGGCGCUGGAAGAACGAUUGAAACAAGUUGAGACCAUGCUUAAGUCCCAGGAGGUCACGUCAACAAGUCCGGAUGGAAGCAAAGCUAUGCCAACAUCUGUCGACAGCGGAUCGAAGCAACAGCGCCCUAUGAACCAACGAGCCGCUGCGACGGCAAACUUCAAUGUCACAGAUCCCUCCAUCGGGAUCGCAAGCAGCCGGGACAUGGAUCGAUGGCCAUUCAACCCCGAGUCUCCGAACAGGGUCGACGAGUUCAACUUCAAUAGUAACAUGAUGGGGAUGAGCGCAGUCGAUGGAAACUUCACGUGGGAGAUGAUUGGGCUGGGGCUGGAAGAGCCAUUACCUCCCCAAGAGACCAUCGAUGAACUUCACCAGAUUUACUUUGAAAAGAUUCACCCUUCAGUACCCAUGAUUCACAAAUACCGGUAUCUGGCUGCUAUGAACCUCGCCCCUGCACAACGCCCGCCUGUCUGCCUCCGGUAUGCCAUGUGGACAUUGGCAUGUUCCGUCACCGAAAAAUAUCAAAAUCUCAAGGACCUUUUCUACCAGAGGGCACGAAAAUAUGUUGAAGCGGAUUACAUCAAGGGGUACGGUGAACACAUGAUUUCGGUAGCUCAUGCGCAAACGCAUGUCCUUCUUUCGUCGUAUGAGUUCAAGUGGAUGUACUUUCCUCGAGCGUGGAUGAGCACAGGUUCAGCUGUCCGGCUGUGUCAGAUGAUUGGCCUCCACCGCCUGGAUGGUGCUGGUCUGGAUGUGAAGCAGUGCCUACCACCAGCUCGCGACUGGACAGAGCGGGAAGAAAGGAGGAGGACAUUCUGGAUGGUUUUCUGCCAAGAUCGAUAUGCGAGUAUCGGCACGGGGUGGCCUAUGACUAUUGACGAAAAGGACAUCCUGACGAACCUCCCAUCAUCAGACGAAGCGUUCGAACAUAGUCGCCCCGAACAAACGCCAUCCCUCGCAAACGCCAUGAGCCCUCAAGGUGCCGGGAAACUCACGGCUUUUGGCGGCAUUGUUCUUUUGGCUUGUUUAUUUGGUCGCAACCUCGUACACCUCCAUCGUCCAGAUGCAGACGAGCGCGACCACGACCUCAAUGGCGACUUCUGGAAGAGACAUCGUCAGCUGGACAACAUUCUACUCAACACCUCUCUAUGUCUGCCUUCUCAGCUCAAACUGCCAAACGGCUUGACGAACCCCAAUAUUGUCUUCAUGAACAUGUGCAUACACACCUCCACCAUUUGCCUUCACCAGGCUGCCAUCUUCAAGGCAGACAAGAACAGGUUACCAAACUCGGUGAGCUCGGAAAGCAAAGUCCGUUGCAUCACAUCAGCCAACGAGAUCGCAAGCAUAAUGAGAAUGAUAUCUCAUCUCGACUUGUCCGCGAUGAACCCCUUUAUAUCUUUCUGUCUUUACGUCUCAGCUCGGGUGUUUGUACAGUAUCUCAAGAGCAGGCCUGACGACAGCCAAACCGCCGAUUCGUUACGCUUCCUUCUUGCGGCCAUGAGUGCCCUCAAGAAACGAAACCCUCUGACAGAAUCCUUCCUGGUUCAGUUGGACGUGGAUCUAGAAGCCCUUGGUGUGCGAAUUCCAAAACUGAAGAGCGCUUUUCCACGAAGCACCGAUAGUCCGGGUCCGUCAAGGAAUCCACAUUCGAGCCAACUCAACCGCGUUCGCGAGGAAGCGACCAGGAACGGUGUACCUUACACCAACGAAUGCCACUUCUUGAAGGGCAUGGGCGAUGACGGCAACCCAGCAAACGCACCUGACAUCGUCGAAGCCGACCCCCCGAACCCAAACAUCUCUGGCUUCCCAGCGACAGAGCCAGCCAACCUCCCAACACGCGAACGCGUCCAGGCUCCCUAUUUACCAGCACAGGGACUAAUGCCACACAGCUAUCCAGAAUAUGGUGCCCCAGAAAUAGACCCAGGCAACAACGACAUGUCCGCCACACCACCCAGCGGCGGGCAGUCAAGCCGACCAACGCCCAAUUCGAGCACCGCAUCCGAGACGCUUUCUAAUCUGACGCCUGGGGGGAAUACGUUCGAGACGACAAGUUCGCCUACAUCGCUGAAGAAUCUGAUGAAUAUGCCGGGGACUACAACGCAGGGAGAGAUGGGGGCGAAUAAUGCUGGUUUCAAUUUCAACGACCCGCCUUUUGUGUUGGGCUCUGGGGUGUCGGAGUAUCCUGUGCCGAGCGGAUGGGGAGGGGCGGGGGACAUGUCUGUGCAGGCGGGGAUGACGCCGGGGACGGAGAGAAUGCUGCAGUCGAUGAUGGCCGGGUCGAUAGAUGCUAUGGAUAUGGGGUGGGAUCCGAAUACGUAGGUUGGGUCUUGGUUGCUAUCAAUUCAUGAAAGAGGGUUACAAACUUGGUGUUCUGGAGGCUUCACUGUUGAUACACAUUACAUGUUCAAGUCGAUAUCACGAUAUCACUCAUGGGGAUGGCAGCGAUUGCAGCUGGUUGAAUAUAUCUCUCGGCUUUUGAUUUGAAGAAUAUUAUGAUAUAUCCCAAUUUGUAGACAGACUGUCAUGAGAAAUUGUAAAUCACAAACAAUCCUUGAUUGAUAGAAACGGG